AUGGAAGCUGAUUUGCUUGUUAAUGCUACUGGCAACAUUAACGCAGUGCAUCCUUGUUAUGAAGCAGAUAACGCAUCCUACAUAUUCGCAAGGAGCCCUUCGAUAACAUGCGUCGUGGCAUAUUGUGUUCUUGGUUUACUGUCCGUCGCUACAAUAUGCGGGAACCUCCUCGUGAUCAUCUCCGUCGUUUACUUCAAACAGCUUCACACUCCGACUAACUAUCUUAUUUUAUCUCUUUCUGCGGCUGACCUACUUGUUGGUGUUUUAGUCUUUCCUUUCAGUAUGGCCUUUACUGUCACCUCAUGUCUUUAUCGUGAGGAUGUCAUCUGUCAGAUACGAGACAGCUUUGACAUAUCGCUGUGCACAUCAUCUAUUUUAAAUUUAUGUUGCAUUUCUAUUGACAGAUAUUACGCCGUGUGUCAGCCUUUAAGAUAUAGAUCGAAAAUAAAUGUUCAAGUCGCUUUGACGAUGAUUCUAGUUUGCUGGGGUGUUUCUGUUAUGAUUGCGCUCGGUAUCAUAAUUGCAGGAUUUAGCCAAGGAACCUGUGGGGAAAUGUGCUCUGUGGAUGUCGUAUUAGCCAACAUUAUGGGACCGAUUUUCUCGUUUUACCUCCCUGCCGUCAUUAUGAUCUGCAUCUACUUGAAGAUUUUCUUGGUCGCUCAGAAGCAGGUGAACAGCAUCCAGAGUGCAAAGUCUGUGAGCAAACUGGAGAGAAAAGCCACCAAAACCUUGGCUGUCGUGAUGGGAGUGUUUCUGUUAUGUUUAUCCCCGUACUUCUUUUGUGUGGUUUUUCAGCCGUUAUUCCACCAUCUCCCAUCGAUCCCUGUGAUUGAAGCACUGAAUUGGCUCACAUUAUCCAAUUCGAUGCUGAAUCCAUUUAUUUACGCUUUCUUUUACAACUGGUUCCGCUCUGCUUUCAAAAUGAUAAUAACCGGGAAAAUAUUUCAAGGGGACUUUGCGGACACAAAUUUCAUUUAA